AUGGCGUUACUCCUUACUCCCCAUGAGGAUGACGAUUUCGAUGAAGAAGCUGCAGAUAGAGAUGAAAACGAAAUCGAAGAUUUGAUUAGAGACUUCGCUGACGAGCCUUCAAUAUGCCAUGAUCAAUGUCCAGACAGUGAUCACGAGGAAGAGAAAGGCUUGAAAAAGAAGCCAAGUGCUGAGAUUAUGCGCCCUAUCAAACGAGGUGAUGGAAUGUUGUACAAGAAGCAGACUUUCUUCAAUGGAGUGGCUUUUAAGGAGUGUUUUCUCGACUAUGCACUCAGGACAGGCGAAAAUAUCAAGCAAUACAGGUAUGACAAGGAUAAAAUUGGUUUUAAGUGUGCUGGUGGCAAUGAGAGUGAAGGCUGCGAAUGGAAAAUCUAUGCGUCUGUUCUUCCUAGUGAUAAUGUGUGGAAAGUGAGGGUGUUUGUUGAUAAGCAUUCAUGUGUGCCUAAUGGAGAGUGUUCUAUGCUUAAGGUCCCACAAAUCGCUAGGUUGUUUGUUAAUAAAAUCAGAGAAGAGCCUGAUUAUUUUAUCCCCAUGAAAAUUGAAGAAAUAAUUCAGGAGAAAUGGGGAAUCACUGUCUCGAGGCCUCAAUGUCAAGCAGCUAGGAAUAAGGCAGUGAGAUGGACUGAAUGUGAGUAUGAUCAUCAGUUUUCUCGUCUUCGAGAUUACGCAGCCGAGUUGAUUGAAUCAAACAAAGAAUCAACUGUGGAGAUUGAUACUCUGAAGAAUAAGAAAGGAGAAGAAGAAUUUAAUAGGAUGUACAUUUGUUUUGAAAAUGUAAGAAGAACAUGGAAAGAGUCUUGUAGACCGCUGAUUGGAGUUGAUGGGUACUUUGUUAAGCACAAGAUCAAAGGACAGCAAUUGGUUGCAUUAGGAAGAGAUGCCGACAAUGCAAUUUAUCCAGUGGCUUGGGGUGUUGUUCAAGUUGAAAAUACAGAUAAUUGGCUAUGGUUUGUAAGGAUGGUGAAGAAGAACUUGGAACUGGAGGAUGGUGAUGGUUUCAUUCUUGUAUCCGAUCGUCAAAAGGGAUUGAUUAGUGCUGUCCAACAAGAGCAUCCCAAGAUAGAGCAUAGGAUGUGUGUUAGGCACAUAUAUGGGAAUUUGAAGAAAAACCAUGGGAGUAAAAAGGACAUGAAGCCAUUUAUAUGGAGUUUAGCGUGGAGUUACAAUGAAGAUGAAUAUCAACAAAGGUUGGAUAGGAUUCGGUGUUAUGAUAUCGGAGUCUAUGAGGAUGUUGUGAAGACAAAUCCAAAGUCGUGGUGUAGAGCUUUCUACAAGAUGGAGCCUUACUGUGAAGAUGUGGAUAACAACUCAACUGAGUCUUUUAACAGUACUAUAACGAAGGCAAGGGAGAAACCAUUUGUAUCUAUGCUAGAGACGAUAAGAAGACUAGCUAUGGUGCGGAUUGCAAAGAGAUCUGCAACAUCUCGUGGUCACAAAGGUAUUUGUACACCUUAUGUGACAGAAUUUCCUGAACCCGAGAAAAAGAAAGAUGAUAAGUGUACAGUGACAAGAAGCACUAAUGGCAUGUAUGAGGUAAAGUUGGGUAGCUGUACAUACCGUGUAAGCUUGGAGAGAAGAACUUGUACUUGUAUGAAGUUUGAGAUCUGCGGCAUCCUGUGUGAGCAUGCAUAUGCUGUGAUGUUGAAGAAGAAGCUUGCGCCUGAAGAGUUUGUAUGUCAGUGGUUCCGGAUAGCUAUGUGGAGAAAGAACUAUGAAGAAGGACUUGUCCCUGUGAGAGGUGCUCCAUUUUGGCCUGCAACAGGAGCUCCUGAUGUUCAUAUUCCGCCUGAUCCAGACCAACCAGGGAAAAAAAACAACUAA